UUUCUUGAUUCACAACACGACUGAAUGUAAUGUAACAUUGUUAAAAGUGUAGGAGGACAUUUUUACUGCAUAGAUCGACAGCCACAUUCACCUUACGGCGUUCACAGUGUACUUCGUGCAACUUGACAAAGCAACUGAAAAAUAUCUCCAGGAGUCCAGGGGUUUUUCUUCUAUGUCACAAUCAAGGUGAAACGAAAAAUGCCCAGACCAUCCACAGAAGAUGAAGGUGUGCUAUUUUGACGUUAUUUUUGCUGCUAUUUUGUACUGCAUUGUUGCCAAGACGGCAUCUUGCCCUCCGCCAUGCCGAUGCCAUCAGAAGAUGUACACUUAUUGUGACAAUGCCGCUCUAACCGCCAACCAGUUGGAGGGGGUUUUACAGAGUACCCCAACAACAACGACAUACUUAGAUUUGAGUCAAAACAGUAUUUCAUACCUGCCAGACAAAAUUUUUGAUAACCACCCUCAAUUGACCAAUGUAAAUUUUGCCAGGAAUAGCAUAGGAAGCAUAUCCCCAAAGGUUUUCGUGCCGUUAACACACUUGAGAAAGUUGUUUCUAGAAGAGAAUAAAUUAGUUGUUAUCAAUUCUGGAUUAUUUUCGUCACUUAGAGAACUGGAAAUUCUUAGACUGGACAAGAAUAAAAUUGAGGAUAUUCAUAAUACCAGCUUUGAAAAUCUCACUUAUCUGGAGGAAGUUUAUCUCAAUGACAACCAUUUGUUUGAAAUCCCUUCAUUGUUAUUCUCAAAGACGACGAAAUUACGGGUAUUAGAUCUAUCUAAUAAUCUCAUAGAAUACAUUCACGAUGGAACUUUUACGUAUCUGAAUAAUUUGGAAGUUUUAACUCUAACAAGUAACAGAAUUCGCACGUUACAGUCCUUCACUUUACGUGGACUAGUAAAUCUCAAACAGCUGAGUGUUCGUGACAACAGACUCUCACUUUUGCGGGCAUCUGAUCUGGAUCCUGUGCGAAGCAGUUUAAAGGAAUUGGAUUUAUCAUCUAAUUUACUCUCAGCUCUGAAGAGCAAUGUGUUCAGGGAUAUGGCACACUUACUAAAUUUGAACGUCAGCGAAAAUAAUAUUGAGUUUAUCAACGACAGUGCGUUUUUUGGGUUAUCUCUAGACAAGUUGCUUCUGAAUGGCAACAAGUUAACCCAACUCUGGAGGUCUUCCUUUCGUGGAGUGCAGAGGAUUGCUUAUUUGGAUUUAAGCGCUAAUGAAAUAGCACGCAUAGAAACGGGAGCAUUUGAUAGUUUCAAUGAAUUUAUAUUUGUACUGGAUCUUUCCAAAAAUAAACUUACAAAAGUACAACAUGGUAUGGUGCGAGACAUGAUAUAUCUACAAGUAUUAAACUUAGCCCAGAAUCAAAUAGACGAAAUAGUUAAUACUGCAAUGAAAGACCUAACAAACCUACAGGAACUCGAUAUUAGUGAAAAUAAAUUUACUGUAGUUGAUUCAAAGGAUUUCAUAGGACCUCUCAAUUCUUUAAGACGUUUUUCUUUAGAGUGUAAUAAAUUGUCAAAAUUUAAGAAUUUUAAUUUCAACAGGGAAAUUUAUGUUUCAAUGAAUCUAACACUCUCUCAAGUUCAGUCACGGUCUGUGAAUGUUUCUUGGCCGUAUGAAAAGGGACUUCAAAUGUACUGGUCUUUGAUUAUUAAGUGUGUUGAUUCGAAUACAUGUUCGUUCGACUCACAGCCCAUAUUUUUACCAGCCUAUCAGGAAAGUCAUGUAAUAGACAACCUACAGCCAAUAUCGCAGUACUAUGUGUGUAUUAACCCAGUAUUUGUUGAGAAAAACGUCCAUGUUGAACAGUGUCUCUUCAUCAUGACGUCAGAGGAAAUAGUGACCACUACAAAGACGCCCUCAACGGUGAUAAAUUCACUGGCCACGUCUGGUGCUUCAUCAAGGACUAAAUUUUGUGCAAUUUUGUCAUUGACAUAUUUAAUGAUUUUUUUGUAUGAAUCAAUAAUGUAAAUAUACAGGAACUAUAAUAUCUU